AUGGCGCACGUGGACGGCGAAUACAGUGUGCAGCGCGGCGCGUUUGGCGCAGAGGCGCCGCUUACGGAAGAGCGGCUGGUAUCGCUUGUGGAACAGGCGUUCGAGGGGAACGGGCAACUAGGGGAGUGUGUGGAGGACGCGGUCACGCGGCUUGCUGCGGCGUCGUCUCAGCACAAGUUUGUCGUGACGGCCACCGAGAUCCGUGGCGCGGGGGCGGCUGGACAAACGCUACAGUCGCACGCGGGGGCGGCAUGGGACGGCAAGCGUGACGGCGCGCACAGUGUGCGGGUGCAGCGGGCGGGCUCGGAGGUGCUUGUGACGGUGGUGUGGUUGGCGCGUUGA